GUCGGUUCGAGGGAGAGCAAUUCACACUGGAGUGUCUGUACUCAGACUCUGAACUCAACAUCAGCCAGGUCCAUUUCGAGGUCUUCUCCAAGCACAUGCAGAGCUGGCGUACAGUUUGGGAGCGAUCUUGGUGCUACUAUUCGAUGGAAAUUGAGCGGACUGCAGAAAGUCUCCUGCUGUUUAUCCCCCGUGCAGGAAGUUUCUAUGAGGGGCCCUACCGCUGUGUGUCCGACAACGAAAAUGUGACUGCACCAGACAACUCCUCCCAGCCGCUGGCCGUCAAAGUGCAUUAUAUGGGGGAGCUGUCACUGUCCAGGGAAGGCUACACCAGCUACCUGGGUGUCCCACAGGAGCUGAAGGUGCGACUCGGGGAUGACGUGGUGGUGAAGUGCUCCGCCAGCUCAUCAGAGGAGCCGAACUACUACUGGAAUAAAGACGGUGACGACUGGAUCCUGCCUUCCUCUACGCUGACGCUGAGGAAGAUGAGUGCAAUGGAUGAAGGACAGUACACUUGCAUAGCCACGCAUCCCUCUGUGGAGUCACUAAGCAAGAAACGCAGCUUCAGCAUCACCGUGUUGUCGGAGGAUGCCGCCUGGUACGAGUCUAGUAAUGGCCGUCUCGUGUUGAUGACCUCGGCGGCGGUUGUCUCUCUCUUGGUGUUCAUCCUCUCCAUGAGUGUAUUCCUGUGCCGCAGGGCUAAGCAGACCAAGACCAGCAAGGGACCCAUUGAUGACCGGUCUCAGAAAAAGCCCAUCUACAAAGCCAGUGUGGAGUCCCUGCCCUCCACCUGUGCAGACAAACAACCUCUGGUUUGACUGCCCAGGUAGGUGGAAGGAUGAAGAGUGGGGAGGAAGAUGGAGCGAGAGAUGAAGAAGAUGGAGUGGGUGGCCAGAAAAUGAGUGAUGACAUUGAGGGGGAUACUUAAAGAGGGAGGAGGUGGUAAAGGGUUAUGGAUGGUCACAUUGGGGGAGGAGAGAGGGAGGAAAGGAGGGAAGAGGGGCAUUUGGAGACUGUAGGGAAGGAAGAGCCAAAUCAGAAACAAGCUGGGUGUGAAAAAAAUUGAAGGGCAAAUGAUUGCUUUAGAGACAAAGAGGCUGCUCUGCUUGUGGGUGUAGGCUUCGGUUAUGCAAAAAGGUGGGCAAUUUUCUCUUCAUUUAUUCUGCAGUGUGAAAAAUGGUGAGCUACAUUCUAUAAAACGAUGGGAGAUAUGUCAAUUGUUCUGUAAGAGCUGUAAAGACUCCACAUGCAAUUCUCUCUCUUUUACAAACAUAACUACUCAGCUGCGUAUUAUAUACAUAUUAUAUUAUGAAUGAGCCAUUUAGGCCUUUGUUGAUUUGUUUCCCUUUUCAGCCUUUUUUGCAUUUGUGAGAAGCUUGUUAUAAUCUCUUUAUUUCGACAGCUCCUAAAGCAUGUUGCACUCUUAUUAUGUAAUUUACUGUACUUUUGAUUUCUUUGACAUUAAAUGGAUU